AUGAACGAACAAGAUGGAGUGAGUGCAGAUAUAAUCCAAUUCGGCCCUGGGGACCCUCAUAGGGGGAUUCCUCCAGUCCACUUCAAUAUCAUCCAUGACGAAUUCCAGCCUGCAGAUGAUAUUGCCAAAGCGCGCGCAUCAGACAGCAUCGAAUCUAUGGUCGGGUUACAUGGACCAGUCUUGGUACGAUUGUUCUUCCAACAUGUCCAUCCUGUGUACUGCGUCGUUUCAAAAACCAGAUUCCUCGAGUGCUACCACACAGAAAAGCUCAAAAUUCCCGCCUCUCUACGUGGUGCUAUAUAUGGACUUGGAUCAAUGUUUUGGCAGAACGAGCCUGGUCAAGAGACGCUACCGUUUGAUCUACAUGAUCUCUUUGAAGAAGCUCAUUCAUCCUUGCAGAGAGAAUUACAUGCGCCAAAUCUUUGGAAGCUUCAAGCUUGUCUCUUACUUCUUUAUGAGAGACCUGCGGAUAACGCGACGAUUGAAACACCACGUACGUGGAUUCAGUCUGCCCAAACCGUGGCGUGUGCUCAGAUGAUUGGUCUACAUAGAGAUCCAACAAAUUGGAAGAUUGCGUCAUGGGAAAAGAAACUACGUAGGAAAUUAUGGUGGGCUACCUACAAUGCUGACAUAUGGUCGUCCGUGUGUCAUGGAAAUCCUCCUUUAAUAUAUCGGGAAUCUUUCACAACCGCUGAACCCGACAGAGAAUGCCUCGAAUUUGAUGAAGAUCUUCCAGACGAUCUUUCUUGUCUGGUCGAUGGCUUCAGCAAGAGUAUUGAUAUCUCUACCACAGCUCGAUUUGUUCAAUCAGUUAAGCUAAACAAGAUUCUGCAUAAUUUGAUUGACUCGUAUUAG